UAUGGGGUCGAGGAAGGCGCCGUGUCGGUUCUUUUGAGCCAACACGGACGCCUUGAAGUCUAUGUAAAAUAAACAAAAACAAAAUAAUCAAGAAGUUUAUAAUAAGAAACGAAAAAAACAGUGAUAAGAAGUUAUUGUAAAUUUUAGUGAAAAAAUUACCAUAAUGUUUAAAAUUAUCCAAAGUGUUGUUAAAUAAAAAUUAACAGUAAAAAAGUAUUGUAUUAAAAAACGAAUAAUUUGACCUCGGGAUUCGCGACGGUGGUAACAAUUAAAUGGGUCAGUUUAACCUAGCAACUACGGUAACCUUCAAUUGGAUUAUGGAGAAACUCUUUCAGAGGUGAUUAAUUGAUGAUAGCCAAUUAAAAAUAUCAAGCAACGAAUCCGAUAAAGUUAUUAAUAAAGUGAAUCAACAAAAAACAAAUCGUUAAUAAUUUUGGAUUUUGUGCUUCAAUAAUAAACGAUAAGAGUACCCCUUCCUCUAUUUUCUCACAUUUCCAUGACACAAUUUUCUCCUCAUCGUCGUUCUCUUCGAUCGGUGCGGUCGUUUUGCAGGAAACUAUCGAUUCUCUCAAAGGAGGGUCACCGGCUUGUGUUCUUUCUAAUUGAGUAAAUCAAUUGAGAACUCUUUCUGCCAAGAUUUACAAAUAAUUAUUCAUCAUUUUUAUUUAUUUUAUCUACUUAUUAUAAAACUUUUUUUAAAAAAAUAUUUAGAUAUAUAUCUACAUCCGGAUUAAAAGUAUCCACUUAUUCUCUUGAUAAAAAAUAAAUAAAUUUCGCAAAAUGGCUGCGUGUAAACCACCAGAAAUGACGUACACGUGCGAGAUAUGCGGACUCGAGGGAUUUAACGAUGAAGAAAUGAGAUCUCAUAUGGUCCUGUAUCACCUUCAAGGUGCUGCAAGCUGUCCUUUUUGUGACCUAGGUGAAAUCUCAUCUGCUGAAAUGCUUUUUCAUGUGAACAGUGCACAUUUAGAUUAUUUAACACCCAGCACUCCAGAGAAUGAUAUGAUGGCAUUUAUUGAUGAUGAUUCAAUAAUAGAAGAUUCAGUGAAAGAACUAGAAACAGAAGAUGUACCAUCAAGAAUAUCAAAUCGACCAUCCAAUGUUCAAAAUGGUUGGAGUGAACCAGAGAAGCAUAAUAAUGAAUCACCAUCAAGAAAAGGAGAAUCUUCCAGUCAUUCUCGUUCUAAUAUGAAUCAUAAUUACAAUAAUAAUAUUAACACAGCUUCUAAUAAUGCCCCUAGUUGCAAUGUGAACACAGUACAAGAAGAAUCAGCUGGACAUGGAUCUCCUCUUAGAUCAAGCUUAAAUCUUCAGCUACGUUCUUAUGCUUCACCUAAACCUCGAGUUCUAGAAUGUCCAAUGUGUCCAUAUACUUCAGAUAGUCCCUUAAGGCUGGAGGAACACAUAAAUCGUCAACAUUUCGAUUUAACUUCCCCUUCAUUUCAACCAGAAUCACCACCAACUCAAGAUGGUGUUUUUAGUUGUCCUCUAUGUGUAACAUCUUUUCCCAAUUCAUCAGAUCUUGAACUUCAUGUCAAUAUUGAGCAUAAAGAUAUUCUUAGUCCAUCAAAUGGGACUAUUUCUCAUUCAGAUGUUGCAUCUAGUGCAGGAAGUGAUACUCCAGCAUGCCCAGUUUGUUUAAGCACAUCAUUUAAAAAUAAUGAUGAACUGACCGUCCACAUCGAGGAACAUUUUACUAAGAAAAGUACGCCAUCGCCUAUGACUCCAGAUUUUUCAAGUGAUCGGCUCUUAGCACGGAAUAUGGAAAAAAGAGAGAAGGAGGUGAGAAAACUAAGAGAACAGAGAGAGUUUGAGAUGCUAAGAGCUCAAUACGGAAUGGAUAACCAAGGAAAUUUUAGAGAACAAAGCGUUACAAAUAUGCAGAGAGCAGUUUAUGCUGGAGAGAUGUCGGUCGCUGAUUAUUAUGAACGACAAAUUGAAUUGAAAGCUGCUGAGCACAAUGGAAUUGAUGACGGAAGUUCUUGCACGCGAGGGUUGGUCCCAAAAGUACGGGCAGUUAGCCAAGCAUGUAGUAAUGUCAUCAAUACCUGGAUGUGCUCAACUGUAGACCAUUACGGAUCGACUUAUGGUGAUAAGGGAUGGGGGUGUGGAUAUAGAAACAUGCAAAUGUUAAUUUCUUCACUACUCCAACAUACUGGAUACAACGAAUUGGUUUAUCGAGCCUGGACUUCAGUUUCUUCAGCGGCUGGAUCGCAUGACAAUCCUCUUAGAUCAUCAAUGCCAUCAAUUUCACGGCUUCAAAGGAUGAUUGAAUGGGCUUGGAGUCAAGGAUUUGAUGUCCAAGGUGCUGAGCAACUUGGAGGAAAACUUGUAAAUACGAGAAAAUGGAUAGGAGCAACGGAAGUAGUAACUUUAUUGUCUAGUUUAAGGAUAAAAUGUCAGCUAGUAGACUUUCAUAAACCUACAGGCAUUGAUGGAAGCCAUCCAGAAAUGUUUAACUGGGUCCUUCAAUAUUUUCAAAGAAGUGAUGAUUUUAAACCACCACUUUAUCUUCAACAUCAAGGUCAUAGCAGAACAAUUAUGGGGGUAGAACAGUUGAGAGAUGGUUCUAUAACAAUGUUAGUACUAGAUCCUAGUCAUACUCCAGUCCAAAUGGGACAAUUCAAUAGUACUAGCAGUGCUCCAGGUGCUAUGAGACUUAUAAGAAAAUCUACAGCUGCUAUGAAAGCUAGGCAAUAUCAAAUAGUUGCUGUCAUUGGAAUAAUGGAAACGGAAUCCAGGUAUCAACUUAGCAAAGUUUUGAAGACAACUAGAAUCCCUCAAGAUAGGUGAAAAUUGAUAGAAAAAUACGAAAAAAUAAUGAAAAUGUCAAAAAAGCAUUUCGUGAUCAUAGUGUAUUUAAUAGGUAAAAUUAAACUAUUUCAACAAUAAAUUACCUUAAAUGAAAUAAAGACAAAUAAACAGAUGCAUAGAUACAUAAAUCUUCUGUCCAAUAAUUUAAAAAAAUGAUAAAUUAAUGAGACAAAUGUAAAAUCUG